CAUCUGAGACUCUCAGAGAGAGAGAGAGAGAGAGAGAGUGGCCACUCUGAUCCUCACACCUUCCAAUAACGACAACCGACGACGAAUCCAUACAGCAUCACCAUUUUUAUCAUUAUCGGCCCCAUCGAACCCGUGACUCCAUUUCCAUUUCCAACCUGCUUCGCCGAAUCAGAAGCAUUUCCUGAUACACAUAAAUACACCCCAACCCAAAAUGUAUCGCAGAAAGCUCACAAAGACACCUCUCGCUUUGAAGCUCCUCCUCAUUUCCAUGGCCUCCCUCUUCUUCCUCGCCCUCGUCUCUCUCCUCGUCCUCUUCUCUCGCUCCUCGGCAAUCCAUCACCACCGUUCACCCACGCCCCGAUCCCCCAUAUCAGGAUCCAAACAGCCCCCCCUUCCGCCGCCACCGCCGGAGAUCCAGCAAGCGUGCAAGGCCACCAGGCACCCUGACACAUGCGAGGCCUCGCUGGUUCAGUCCAAACGGGUCCCUCCCAACCCCGACCCGACCCAGAUCAUCCAGGCCGCAAUGUCAGUCUCCUCCCAGAACCUUAAGACCGCCCAGUCCAUGGUCCAGGACAUCCUGGAUUCGUCCGCAGGCAAUCUCAACCGCUCCAUCGCAGCAAAGAAUUGCUUGGAGGUGCUCGGUAAUUCCGAGUUCCGCAUCCAAUCGACGGCUGACGCGCUGCCACGCGGUAGGAUCAAGGAUGCCCGGGCGUGGAUGAGCGCGGCUCUGCUGUACCAGUAUGAUUGCUGGUCCGCGUUGAAGUACGCCAACGAUACCCAACUGGUCAACCAGACCAUGGCCUUCUCGGAUUCCUUGAUUGGGCUAACCAGCAAUGCACUUAGCAUGAUCAUGUCGUACGAUAUAUUUGGGAACGAAAUUGGGUCGUGGAGGCCGCCCAUGACGGAGCGGGACGGGUUCUGGGAAGGACCGAGUGGGGCCGGCGGAGGGUUGGGGUUCAGGGGCGGGUUGCCUGCGGGUCUAACGGCGGACGUUACGGUGUGUAAGCCAAGCGGCAGCGGGGGGGGAGGGAAGUGCAGUUACCGGACGGUGCAGGAGGCGGUGGACGCGGCGCCGGCUAACCUGGCGGGACGGCGGUUUGUGAUAGGGAUCAAGGAGGGGGUGUUCGAGGAGACCGUAAGGGUUCCGUUAGAGAAGAAGAAUUUGGUGUUUUGGGGGGAUGGCAUGGGCAAAACCGUCAUUACAGGCUCCUUGAACGUGGGCCAGCCCGGGAUUUCCACGUACAAUACAGCUACAGUUGGUGUUCUUGGCGAUGGAUUUAUGGCGAGCGGUCUGACCAUCCAGAACACAGCAGGGCCAGACGCUCAUCAAGCAGUAGCCUUCCGAUCAGACAGCGAUCUGUCCGUUAUCGAAAACUGCGAAUUCCUCGGCAACCAAGACACUCUUUACGCCCAUUCCCUGCGCCAGUUCUAUAAAUCGUGCCGCAUCGAGGGCAAUGUAGACUUCAUCUUCGGCAAUUCCGCUUCAAUCUUCCAAGAAUGCACCAUCCUGGUUCGUCCCCGGCAGCUCAAGCCCGAAAAGGGCGAAAACAACGCCGUCACUGCCCACGGCCGGACCGACCCCGCCCAAUCGACGGGGUUCGUCUUCCAAAACUGUUUGGUAAAUGGGACAGAUGAUUACAUGGCGUUGUAUAACAAGAACCCAAAGGUGCACAAGAAUUUUCUGGGGAGGCCAUGGAAGGAGUAUUCGAGAACGGUUUUCGUAGAGUGUAACCUGGAAGCCCUGAUUACGCCGCAAGGGUGGAUGCCGUGGAGCGGCGAUUUCGCAUUGAAGACGCUGUACUACGGAGAAUACAGGAAUUCAGGGCCGGGAGCAGCUUCGUCCGGGAGAGUUUCUUGGAGCAGCCAGAUUCCAGCCGAUCAUGUUUCCAUGUAUUCGGUGCAGAAUUUUAUUCAAGGGGAUGAAUGGAUUCCGACGUCUUCUUGAUUGAUUACCAGGCAGUUGUGAUUAAGGUGAGUACUGAGAUAUUGUGCUCGCUCUUCUAGCAGUAGGCAUAUUAUAUGGGAGACGGAAGUUCGACAUCAACAACUUUCCCAUGUAACUAGAGAUUUCUAAUACCUGUGUAACACUCUCAAAAAAGAUGAUGUUUAGUUUUUUAUAUGUAAAAUAUUAAAAUUUAAUAUUUUAAAUAUUAAAAUUAUUGCUUU